AAAAUGCCCAGGGACAGAAUCGGAUUUAUUUUGUUCUGGGAGAGCUUCUCACCCACAGGAUCUCUCCCUUGGGAGACGGAGUGACAGUCUGUUGGGUUUUAGCCUCUAAUCCAGCAGACUCCUGACUGUCGUUUGGGAGCCUUGUUUGUGUCACUUUUGUCUGGCGCUAUAGGCCAGUGGAGAAAUGCACGUUCCUGUUAAAGGUUUGGUGUUCUAGAACCUGCACGGUCAAAGCAGGAUUCUUGUAAACUGCAUCAGAUUGAGCAUUUCCACUGAGGCUGCCCCGACCCGCGGAUGGAUUUUUCCACAUCACGUUGAGUGUUAGUAAACUGAGGUACGGGAAGCCUGAGAAAAUGUCAGAGGGCAUCUACUUGAUAAUAUCAAAGCUGGUAACUGAACCCUGGACAAUUCAACUACAGUGCUUGUUUUGAUCCAUGUGCCUUGAGGUACCAUUUUCCCACCUGUGACUAGUUGGCAAAUAGAGGAUGCCCAGUUAAAUUUGAAUUUCAGAAAAACAACGAUAAUUCUGGACAAUGAAUCGUGUCCCAAAUGUUGUAUGGCACAUACUUAACACUGAAACAUUAGCCAUUAUUUACCUGAAAUCCAGUCUUCCAACUCUAUCUAAGGAGGAGGUGUUUACACCAAGGAAGCAAAGAAAACAUUUUGAUUAGCUUGAGCUUUGGUCCCAAACCCCAAAUUAGAAUUCAAAUCACGGGGUUGGCCUUAGGGCAGAACUCCUUUUUCCUAUCCCAGAACCAGUCUAGAAUAAUAACUCUCAAACCUGCCUGGAGGCCAGCAUCUUUUGGUAACUUUAAUAAUGCACAUGGCUGGGCCUAGCCUGUUUGAGAUUUAGUGCGCUUAGGGUGGGAUGCAGACACUUGUAUUUUCUAAUGAGCUUCCCAGUGUUUUCUUUUCUCAUCCUCUUCUUCUUUCCCCAUCUUGUUUUAUAGUCUAGCUAUUCAUGAUUUGCCUACAGAGCGGUGACUGGGAAUCACUGUUCUGAAAUCCUGACUGUAAGUGAUAGUUUACCAUUUCUAGCAAGUCCGAGGAGCCAGCCUGGAAUACACCCUCCACAUGGGAGGAAGAGUGGAUAAAGAGGCCAAAAGUAUGAGAAAGAGUUUCCUUACGAUGCCCAGGCUGUCAUCUAGGCCUUAUUGGGUUGGGUUUGCAGCCUCCAGUCUGGACAACAUAGGUGAGAAAGAAGAUUUUUCAGAGAGAGAUUGAGAGGGAGAAUUGAGAGAAAGAGCCAUAUGAGGGCAAGCCUCCCACUGGGACACAGACCCUGGCACAAGGACAGGAUAGAUCACACCUUACAUGCACAGAGACUGUUUCCCUCUUUGAAAUCUUCACCACUACAGACCGUGGUCCAAACAGUGCUCAGGAACUGACAUUAAAAUGUUUUCCCUGGAGGUGGAGAAAAAGUGAAAAUGGGGUUGGAAAGAGCACAGGCUUCCUCUGCAAUGUGGCUGCACUCCAAGAAGGUAUUGGAACUAUUGGGACUUGAUCAAGAUAAAAAGUUUCUGCAUAGUGAAGGAAAUAAUCAACAAAACUAAAAGGUAACCUAUGGUAUUAGAGAAGAUAUUUGCAAGUGACAUAUCUAAUACAGGGUUAGUAUCCAAAAUCUGUAAAACAACUUAACAAACUCAACACUCAGGAAGUGAAUAAUCCAAUUAAAAAAUGGACAGAAGACAUGAAUAGACAUUUUUCCAAAGAAGACAUUCAGAUGGCCAACGCAUACAUGAAAAGAUGCUCAACAUCACUCAUCAUUAGGGAAACACAAAUAAAAAUCACAAUGAGAUAUCACCUCACAUCUGUCAAAAUGGCUAAAUCAUCAACACAAGAAACAACAGGUGUUGACAAGGAUGUGGAGAAAAGGGAGCCCUCUUGAACUGUUGGUAAGAAUGCACACUGGUGCAGCCACUCUGGACAACAGUAUGGAGAUUCCUCAAAAAGGUCAAACUAGAACUACUUCACUAUCCAAAAAUUUUACUGCUAGGUAUUUCCCUGAAGAAUACAAAGGGAUACAUGCACCCUGAUGUUUAUAGCAGCAUUAUCUACAAUAGCCAAGAUAUGGAAAUAACCAACUGAUGAAUGGAUAAAGAUGUGGUGUGUGUGUGUGCAUGUGUGUGUGUGCAUGUGUGUGUGUGUAAUAUUAUUCAGCCAUAAAAAAGAAUGAAAUCUUGCCAUUUGUAAUGACAUGGGUAGAGUUGGAGAGUAUUAUUACACUAAAUUGAAAUAUGUCAGUCAGAGAAAGACAAAUAGCUUUCCACAAACAUGGAAUUUAAGAAACAAAACAAAUGAGAAAAGGUAAAAAGACAGAGAGAGAGAGAGAGAGAUAAACCAAGAGACUUUUAACUAAAGAGAACAAGCUGAUGCUUAACCAGAGAGGAGGUAGGUGGGAGGAUGGGUUAAAUGGACAAUGGAGACUAAAGAGGGCACUUGCUGUGAUGAGCGCCAAGUGAUGUAUGGAAGUGUGAAAUCACUAUUUUGUACACCUGAAACUAAUAUUACACUGUAUGUUAACUAACUGGAAUUUGAAUAAAAACAACAGCAACCACACACACAAAAAAACAAAUAGAAAUGUCCAAGGGCACGUCUCAGAAAUUAAGUUCCGUUUCACAGAAUUGUUCUGUUAUUUAACUAUUCUGUUAUUUAUACAUACAUACUCCUACAUUUUAUUAUAUGUGUGUCUAUACAUGCACAUGUUAUAAAAUAUAUUUCUUUUUAUCAAGCCUGGUCAAAAUGUUUGAAAAACACUGCCCUAAGCGUAAAUAUCCAUCACUUUGAGAACGCACAGAGCAGGCCAGAGGGAAUAGGACCCGAAGAAGAUACAUUUUGAGAAGCAAGAAUCUAUAAGAACAAUCUGGAGCAUAGGCUGCUGCUCAGAGAAAGUUAACAUCAGUAGAUUUCGAAGGAGUUUUGGCAAGUGGGAAGGUAGCGACGGGAGAGGACCGAAAUUCACCUAAGGGGAGAAGGUAAACAAAAAAGUUGUAUGUGGUUCAUUGCUUAUUUUUCUUACUUCCCUAGAAAGCCCUGGAAAGGAUCGCUGCUGACACGUAGGCCACGCCUGUGGUAGUCUUUAUCCUGUCCCUAAUGCCUUUUUUCUCUUCUUGCAGACCAGAGGGCCAAGUGUGGGCGCCUGUCAGGGAUGUCAGGACUUGUGUGAGGGUUAAGGUACACCCAGGAAACCAGCUUUGCAGCCUUGCAUGGUACAUCAAUCGUUUGGCCACAGACCGUGACCCCGGUUGUUCAUGGUUGAGUCCAUGGUAAGGAGGGAGACCAGCUGAAGAUGGAAUUCCACAUGCUCUGGCUCAUCUCUUUCUUCACACUCACCGAUGGCUGGGAAGGCUUCCUGGGGAGAAAUGAAGGCAUGAAAACAAAAAGAGGACUCACUGUGAAUAAGAAAAAGCAUCCAGGCUCAGUCCAGGAAUAUGAGCUGCUGCUUCAGGUGGCCUACAGAGAUUCCAAGGAGAAGAGACACUUGAAGAAUUUUCUGAAGCUUUUGAACCCUCCAUUGUUAUGGUUACAUGAACCAAUGAAGAUUAUCAGAGCAAAGGCCACCACAUACUGUGGGCGCCAGAAUGGGGUCCUGCAGUGUUCCUGUGAGGACGGCUAUUCCUGGUUCCCUCCCUCAUGCCUUGAUCCCCAGAAAUGCUACCUUCACACGGCCGGAGCCCUCCAGAGCUGUGACUGUCAUCUCAACAACCUCAGCCAGAGCCUCAGUUUCUGUGAGAGAGCAAAGGUUUGGGGCACUUUCAAAAUCAAUGAACAAUUUACCAAAGACCUUUUGAAUUCAUCUUCUCCUUCAUAUUCCAAGUAUACAACUGGAAUUGAAAUUCAACUUAAAGAAGCACUCAAAAGAAUUCAAGAUUUUGAGUCGGUUCAUGUCACCCAAUUUCGUCAUUAUAGGGAUGGAAGCAUCAUUGCUGGGUUUGAAGUUGUGGGUUCCAGCAGCACAUCUGAGCUGCUGUCAGCCAUCGAACAGGUGGCUGAGAAGGUGAAGGCAGGCCUUCGCAAGCUGUUCCCACUAGAAGACGGCUCUUUCAGAGUAUUUGGAAAAGCCCAGUGUAACAGCAUUGUCUUUGGAUUUGGGUCCGGGAAUGACGAGUACACUCUUCCCUGUAGCAGCGACUACACUGGAAACAUUACAGCCAGGUGCCAGCCCUCUGGGUGGCAGGUCCUCAGGGAGACAUGUGUACACUCUCAGCUGGACAAACUGAAGAAGAAUUUCAGUGUGAUCGCAGGCAAUGCCACUGAGGCAGCUGUGUCAUCCUUGGUGAGAAAUCUUUCAGUCGUCAUUCGGCAAAACCCAUCAACUACAGCUGGCAAUCUGGCUUCAGUGGUGUCCAUUCUGGACAACGUCUUGUCUCUGUCACUGUCAAGUCAUUUCAAGGUGUCCAAUUCAACCAUGGAGGAUGUCAUCAGUAUUGCUGACCACAUCCUUAAUUCAGCAUCAGUAACCAACUGGACGGUGUUACUGCGGGAAGAACAGGAUGCCAGCUCACGAUUACUGGAGACACUGGAAAACAUCAGCAGCCUCGUACCUUCGACAGCUCUGCCCCUGAGUUUCUCUCGGGAAUUCAUUCACUGGAGAGGGAUUCCAGGGUCCCAAAGCCAACCUGAGAUGGGUUACAGCUAUGAGGCUAAAAUACUCCCCCCAAAUACUUCCAUUCCCAUCAGAGGCCAUGUGUUAAUUGGGUCAGACCAAUUCCAGUGGUCCUUUCCAGAAACUAUUAUCAGCAUGGCCUCAUUGACCCUGGGGAAUAUUCUAUCCAUUGCCAAAAAUGGAAAUGCUCAGGUCAAUGGGCCAGUGAUAUCCACGGUUAUCCAAAACUAUUCCAUAAAUGAAAUUUUCCUGGUUUUUCCCAAGACAGAGUCAAAUCUGAGCCAGCCUCACUGUGUGUUUUGGGAUUUCAGGCAUUUGCAAUGGAACAAUGCGGGCUGCCACCUAGUGAAUGAAACUCCAGACACGGUGACGUGCCAAUGUACUCACCUGACCUCCUUCUCCAUACUGAUGUCACCCUUUGUCCCCCCUGCCAUCAUCCCCUUUGUGAAAUGGAUCACUUUUGUGGGACUGGGCAUCUCCAUCGGAAGUCUCACCUUAUGCCUAAUCUUUGAAGCUCUAUUUUGGAAGCAGGUCAAGAAAAACCAAACUUCCUACACGCGCCAUAUUUGCAUGGUGAACAUAGCCUUGUGCCUCCUGAUUGCUGAUGUUUGGUUUGUCGUUGCUGCCACUGCAGACUCCACAGUAAGCUUUUCUGGAGUCUGCAUAGCUGCAGUGUUUUUUAUGCACUUUUUCUACCUCUCCUUGUUCUUUUGGAUGCUCAUGCUUGGCAUCCUGCUAGCUUAUCGGAUCCUCUUUGUGUUCCAUCACAUGGGCCUGCAUUUGAUGAUGGCUUUCGGGUUCUGCCUGGGCUAUGGGUGCCCUCUCAUCAUAUCUGUCAUCACCAUUGCCGUCACGCAACCUGGCAAUGGCUACGAAAGGAAAGACGUGUGUUGGCUUAAUUGGUCUGAUAAGAGCAAACCCCUCUUGGCCUUUGCUGUUCCUGCACUGACUAUUGUGGCUGUGAAUUUGGUUGUGGUGCUAUUAGUUCUCACAAAGCUCUGGAGGCCCACUGUUGGAGAAAGGCCGAGUCAGGACAACAAGGCCACUAUUGUCCGCAUGGGGAAGAGCCUCCUCAUCCUGACCCCUCUGCUGGGCCUCACCUGGGGCUUUGGCAUAGGAACAAUAGUGGACAACCGGAAUCUGGCUUGGCAUGUUAUUUUUGCAUUACUCAAUGCAUUCCAGGGUUUUUUCAUCUUAUGUUUUGGAAUGCUCUGGGAUAGUAAGCUGCGACAAUUGCUGUUCAACAAAUUGACUCCUUUAAGCUCUCAGAAGCAAGCAUCAAAGCAGAACUCAACAGAUGUAUCUGCCAAACCCAAAUUCCCAAAGCCUUUCAACCCACUGCAACACAAAGGCAUUUAUGCUCUUUCCCAUACUGGAGAAUCGUCAAAUGACAUCAUGCUAACCCAGUUUUUAUCAACUGAAUAAGGCUGCGAACCAUAAAAUCAAGGGAAAUUUUUGGUGCAACUUGACAUUUAGAACUAAAUGUCAGUGAAAAAAUUAGCACAAUAUUAGAUGGAAUUUUCUGAUGUGGGCAUCUGGAAUAAAAUGAGAAGGUUUCAGCA